CGCAUCCAAGGGACGUAAUCAUUGUUGGAACUCUUCUAUUUGUUAGGGUGAGAAAGUGUCUUUCGUAAAUAUAUUCGCGUAGUCACGCUUUGAGAUUGAUCAUUUUGGAACCACAGUUCAAGAAACAUGUUUCGAAACCAAUAUGAUAAUGAUGUCACAGUUUGGAGUCCACAGGGUCGUAUUCACCAGAUUGAGUAUGCCAUGGAAGCGGUGAAGCAGGGGUCAGCCACAGUGGGUCUCAAGUCCCGGACACAUGCUGUUCUUGUUGCCCUCAAGCGAGCCCCUUCUGAGUUGUCAGCUCACCAGAAGAAAAUAAUUCCCGUUGAUGACCAUGUUGGUGUGUCUAUAGCAGGUCUUACAGCUGAUGCUCGACUCUUAUGCAACUUCAUGCGAUCUGAGUGUUUGAAUUCCCGGUAUGCCUAUGAAACUCCUCUACCGGUGUCCCGACUCGUCAGCAUGAUCGGAGAUAAAUCACAGGUACCAACUCAGCGUUACGGGAGGCGACCUUUUGGAGUUGGCCUCUUAGUGGCAGGAUAUGAUGCACAAGGUCCACACAUCUACCAGACCUGUCCAUCGGCCAACUACUUCGACUGCAAGGCCAUGGCCAUCGGAGCCAGGUCCCAGUCCGCCAGAACAUACCUGGAGAGAAAGCUUGACACCUUCCUUGACUGUACUCUUGAGGAGCUGAUCCUGCACGGGAUGAGAUCUCUGAGGGACACCCUGCCCCAGGACUUGGAGCUCACAACCAAGAACUGCUCCAUUGGGAUUGUCGGCAGAGAACAGGACUUUACAAUCUACGAUGAUGACGAUGUUACUCCAUAUCUGACAAAGAUUGAAGGCGAGGAGAGAAGUGCACCGCCACCAGCUGAGGAAGGGGAGGCUGCUAUGGAGGCCCAGGAUGAUGCCGCAGCACCUUCAGAACCCAGCGUAGCUGCCCCAGAGACUGAGGGUAUGGACCACUAGACAGGCAGUCAUCAUCAUCGCCCAGUUGACACGAUGCUCUCAUUGCCAAUACAAGUCAUCUAUCAUCAACACAAACAAAUACUGGUGUUCAGACAUCAGUCUGAGGAGUAAUACUGUUAGGUGUCUAUCAUGACUCGUUCUGAGUAUAAAACCUUGCUUUUGAGAAUGUCAUCAGUUGUUGAUGUUACUGACAAAUUGUUAUGUAUUUUCAAAAGAUGCUUAAAUACUGAUGUAUGAAGAGAGGUCAAGUUGAUUUUCUGGGGUUAGAUUUCAAAUGUUCAUGGACAUUUUGAAUCCUAAACCUGUUUAUGAACUAUAGUGCUGGUGGCUUAAAGAGCAUUGAACAUUGAAACAUAUUUAUGUCAUCCACUGUACAUUUCCUUUCUGUUGCUGAACAUGUGUAUUACAAUAAAUACAAAUUUGAAAUGGUA